AUGGCUUGUUCUGAAUCGGUUACCGCGAUAUUCCUCGUCUCCGGCGUGGAAUUGGGCGCGGGACAAAGCCGUCACGAUUCACAACCGCCAACGUCAAAUCAGUGGCUAACAGACUCUUUUCUCACCUCUAGCAAUAACACGCAGAAGCCGGAUGAUGAGUUCAUCAGCCGCUUCCAAAGCACGUUCGCCGAUAUUGUGCCCCGACGGGCCAGCCAAACCAAUGCAUCGCACGGCAACUUCCCUCUCGGGCCAGGAGAUCCCAUGGUCUCGGACAGGUACGCAGCCCAGUGUUAUGCCAGUCCGAGGCUCGAAACUGAUCCAGCAAACUACGACGCCAGACCGAUGGAGCACCAUCAGAUGAAAAUGGAAGAACACGAGCUUAAAUUCCCCAGCGAGAGAACACCGCGCAAUUUGCACGAUCUGAACUACACCCCAUCGUGGAUCGAUCCUACCUCGAUGAAUAUAAUGUCCUUAGCCGGACAACACCCCGGGUUCUUCACUCCCAACUCGGGUGGCAUGGGCGCCAUCUUUCAUAGCCAAGCAGGGGAUCUCCACACGCCGACCGCGGGAUUGAACAUGAUCACCCCCCUCUCCCUCUCCCACUCGAUGCCCAUGAACCACAACCACGGACCUCCCACAAUAAAUCACUUUAACCAGCAAUACCUCGCUCAGCAUGUGCCCGAAAUGCAUCCGUAUGUUCAGCAACAAACCUUUGCGCCCAGCGCGUUUAUGCAUCGAGAUUCCUUUGAAGCAAUGGACGAGUCCGUGGACAGCACGUCGAUCCACAGCUUACCGAUUGAUCAAACCUCCAUCAUUUCCGCCUCGACGGAUUUUUCCGGUGCAUUAAACGUUAGCUACGCAGAUGGUGAAAAGUUCCGCUUCAAUGUGUCUCUACGAGCCCCCACCGCUAUGGUGAAGCACCCGAGAGAAGUUCCCAUCUCGUACUUGAACAAGGGCCAAGCAUAUAACCUGACAGUGAUGGACUCUAAUCCCCCGAUGAUGGGCUCGGAACCUCUUCAAUACCGAACUUACGUGCGAGUCUCAUUUGAGGAAGAAGAGCAGCGUUCGAAGCCUGCCGCCUGCUGGCAACUUUGGAAAGAGGGUCGCGGUAUGAGCGAGUCGCACCAACGCGGAGGAAAAUUGUUGGCGGUGGAGUACGUCGAUCCGCAUCAAGGAGGGGAUGAGCACAAACACCGCCAGAUCUCGGUUGAACACACAUCAUUCGACGGAUUCUGCGUGACCUGGACUGCCAACCCCACCACCGGAACACCCGACUGCUCAAUUCCAGUCCGCUUCAACUUCUUGUCUACGGACUUCAGUCAUUCCAAGGGAGUCAAGGGCAUUCCGGUGAGACUUUGCGCCAAGACCGAGCUCUUGACACCAACCGACGAAUCCGACAGCCCCCGGGAGGCCGAAGUCUCCUACUGCAAAGUGAAACUUUUCCGUGACCACGGCGCGGAGCGCAAGCUAUCUAAUGAUGUCGCUCACGUGAAGAAGACCAUCGAGAAAUUGAAGCAGCAGAUUGCCCAAGCUGAGAUGGGCGGAGGAUUUGGCAAGCGCAAGCGCGGAAGCAAUGCCACUGCCAAUGUCAAGAUGUCCGAUCGCCCAAAGACCAUGAAGCACAAGCGUACCUGGUCCAUGAGCUCCCAGGACGGCCAGUCGGAGAAGCUUUCCCUCGAAGACGAUCUGCAAGCGAAGUUGGUCAUGCUGCAGGAUAUGUUCUCGUCAACUCGAACCAUGAGUAUCCUCGCACUUCGGGGCGACGAGGAAGACGACCCUGAUUUGUUCCCGGUGCGACUGCCCACGGAGGGCGAAACGGUCAAGUUGGAGACCCUUAGUCGACAGAACACCGGUGCCUCGCAAUCCAUGGAGUCAUUGAUUCUAUCUCCAACGAGCAGCAACAUCUCUGUCAGCUCACCCCAAGUCCACGAGAGCAAGAUGGCCACCUGGAAAGAGACCAAGACCCCGACCACAGUACCGCGCGUGACGAAUGGUACCAACUCUAUCUCCACCGGAUUCAUCGAGGCGGUCGACAUUGACCCGACCUACCGUCCACCCGCGGAACGCCCGCCCAAGCCUAUUGCAUGCUUCUAUGUGCGCUUCUCCAGCAAUGACGAGCAGCCAGACUACUAUCGUGCAAUUUAUCUCUCUGAGCGUACGGUUCGGGAUUUGAUGAAGAAGAUCUCCGAAAAGAAUCACCUUGAUCCGUCCAGGAUUGUACGGAUCUUGCACGUCAACCAGAACGGAUUGAGAAUCAUGGUUGAUGACGACGUUGUGCGGGAGUUGCCUGAGGGACAAGACAUGAUUGUCGACAUUUCUGAAUCUCCUGCUGCGGGCAAUGGGGCCAGCAAUUGGUCUCCUGAUACCCCUGUGGAGAUCAAAUUGACAUAUUGA